GUGGGGUGGAGGCGCGCGCACACGGACCGUCCUCCAACCGGAAUGUCGCUCUCCGUCCUAAAUCCGUGCCAACCGCGAGCCGCACAGAAACAGUGACGUCAGCGCCGAGACACUGAACCAAACGCAUCGAGCCCACUGGCUCCGCUGCCGCGAGACGGGAAGCAUCGGUCAGGAUCGGCCAUAUUAAGCGUCACGUCUUUGAAUUUCUUCUGCGAUCUCACAGAAUCGUUCUCGCUUCGAAACAAACUCCCUGCGUGCGAUUACUGCAAGCAUGUCCGCCAGUUCGAGCGAGGGGCCGGGUUUGGAUGGGAAAUGGUUCGAAGAGGAGGAGGAGGAGAAGAACGGGAUGUUUAGCAGCGCAGGGCCCCGUUUUGAUGAGAUGCGGGACGAUUUGCACGCGCCCAAGCAACAAUUCCAUCCCUUUGGAGGAAGCGACGUUGCCAUGGAAACUGCAUCUACAGGUGACUCAUUAUCCGACAUGUUUAUGAAGUCAUCAUCAGGAGAGGGUGAUCUAUACACCUCUCUCCUUUCCUCAAAAUCCUCCUCCAAUCCUUUCAAUGAUGGUGCCUCUCUCUUCUCCACGGAGGGCAACCGCUCUCCACCUGCUCCCACUGGGACCGACUCCGGCAUUGGCAUGACCCCAGGUGACCCCUCAGACCAUCAGACGACCCUGCAGGGCUCACACAAGACUGACCAUUAUAGCUACAUGGACAUGGGGGAUGACCUCUGUGAUUUUGGCAGUGUGGGCAAUACCAAGGACAAGCAGCAGCCUCCCAUAUCUGGCUAUGGAGAUGACGAAGACGAUGAAGAAGAUGAAGAUGACAUUCAGGAUUUGAAGCCCAAGAUCCAUGAAAAGGAAUCCAGCCAAGACCCCUUCGAUCUGGGUCGCUAUUUGGAAAAGAGUCCUCUUGGAUCUGAAGAUACAGAGGUGAAGACUCCGGGAUCAGCCGGUGGGCAGCACACAUUUCCGUACGUGGAGGACCCUUCAGAUGAAGAGAUGGCAGAUUACCGAUCUUACCAUAGGAUGGAAACGCCACAGAGUGCCAGUCCUGUAAAGAUCACGGUUACAACAGAAUCCCAGCCAGUGAAAGUGUCUCCACAAGGGGGCAUGUCCGAGAGAGAGAGCGUGCUCGGUUUCGGUCAGCAGAGUCUUCCCACAGUAACACUGUCAGAACCAGAGGAUGAUAGUGCAGCCUCCUCAGCUAGCCACUCCCCUAACCACUCCCCUACAGGGCGAGAGUCUCCAUCUGAUGUGCUGUUCAAGCCUGCAGGAAUGAAGUCUGUGAGCUCCACUCAAGAUUCCAGUGGCAUCAGCUCUCAUCCCAGUCUUCCUGAAGCCGAGGACAUCAAGAGUUCACCCAAACCCACCUCCCCAUGGGCUCAAGACCUUCAAGGCAGUGGAGAUGAGUCUGGAGAUUCAGAAAUUGAGCAAGUGACCGAAGAAUCUGAUUCGCCAGUAUAUGACCUGACAUCUAAGACCCCGCCCGCAAAAGGCGGAUUCAGCCAAGCAAGCAACCCGUUUGAGCAGACCAGCUACUCAUCUGCCACUGAUAAGGCUAGUAACCCAUUUGAUAAGCCACAACCCAACAAGGUCAGUGCUAGUAACCCAUUUGAGUUGUCUGGUGGUAUCAAGGUGGGCUUUGGUCAAGCCAGCAACCCACCACUCUACAGUCUGUUGAGAGAGGAAAGGGAGGCGGAGCUUGACAGCGACCUGCUAAUCGAAUCAGCUUCUGAGGAGAGUCCCAAGAGGGAGCAGGAACAUUCCACCCCAAAACCUCCUGAAAUAUCUUCUCCCCUGACCACAGGCGUCACGUCUUCUAAGCCCAUUACGACUUCCUGCACCACACCCUCUCCCUUCAUCGACCCCCCAGCUAGCACCUUGAAAGUAACAGAGAAAGAAAAAGAGAAGGAAAAUGAGAAAGCAGCACCUGUUGAGAAGCCCAAGCCACAGCCAGAGGACAACUGGUCCACCGAACCCAGGCCUGUAGUAAUGGGAACGUCAACAGUGACUCCGGAGCAGAAUUCCAGUCAGGAGAAGGAGAAUAAAAGCAAAAGCACUAUCGUGAGUUCCACUACAGAGGAAGAGGCUGAUCUGUCCUUGCUGCUCCAAAGCAUCAACAAACAGAAAGUCAUGGGUGGUUCAGGUCAGUAGCUCUCUCUGUCUUCU